AACUUAUUUGCAUAUUCAUAAUUAUUGCACCGCCAUCUUGGAAGUGAAAUUAUUCACGACCAUCGGUAAAAUCCGAGAAAAAUCUUUAUCAUCACCUUCUUCAGUGGACAUCUGAAGGAAUUUUUAUUGUUUCCAAUAAUAGCCCAGUGGAACGGACCCGUACUAAGCGGUUCGUUCAUAGGCUAAGUAAUUAGAAAAUCUUCAAUGAGUGCACAGGCAAGAUGUCCACAUUUUCUGGGAUAGGCGGAAAAGGUGAUAAGGGAUCGAACAAAUACAAGGCACUAAACAUAAAUAAUAUCUACCAAGGCAAGAGUGUACCAACACAGAAAAGCACAGUAGCACGUCAGCAUGGGUUACAAAGCUUGGGUAAAGUGGCAAGCAUGCGGCGUAUGCCGCCUCCGGCUAAUUUACCAAGUUUGAAAAGUGAGAAUAGUGGAAACGAUCCUAACAUCAAUUUAGUACCAACAGGAGGUUCAGGAUGGGGCACGAAGGAGAAAGAACAAGAGAAGUCGACUGCUACGACAAGUCAGCCGCCAUUGUCGCAGCCAUCGCAGGCUACUGCAGUGCCAUCCGCACUAUCUACAACAAAGACAACUGUUGCUGGGGGCAGUGCAGCAGUAACUUCAUCAACAACACCAUCCGGGACAAAUACAGCACCAAAGUCCUGGAGCAGUGUAGCACUUGGAGAAAGGGGCAGAACUCUUGGUCACCAUUCACCUUACCAGGAGGAAUUUCCAACAUUAAAGUCAGCAGGGGAAGACAAAGGAAAAGAUGGCAAGAAAGAAGAAGAAGGAACAGAUACACAGUAUGGACCAGGGCCAAGUUUGCGACCUCAAAAUGUCGCGAGUUGGAGAGAAGGAGGUGGGCGUGGCGCCAUGCAACAGCAGCAAAGCAAGCCAGAUUCACCAUCAUCACCAACAGGAUCUAUGUCCCAAGGCCAGACCGAAACACAACAGAAUGGCCCCCAGACAUCGGGCCCAACAGAGGUUCCCAGUCAGCCUCCAAGGCCUGGCUCGGGGCCUUCAGGAGGACCCAUGCCUAUGGGUCCUCCAAUGGGAAUGCCACCUCAGUAUCGGAUGAUGCCUCCAUAUAUGUAUGGCAGAUUCCCACCUGGCUACCCACCUAAUUAUCAAGGGAUGCCAAGACCUCCCUAUCCGUAUGAUCAGAGGUUUAGACAUCCACCUCCUAUGCCACAACAGCAGAGGCCCCCUGUUGGUGGUGAGGGGGAAGAAUACAAGAGAGCUGCUAUUAUCUCUGAAAAAGACCUGAAAGAUUUUGACAAUCUACGACUUGAACAUGAAGAUGAGGGAUGGGCUGGGGCACAGGGUGAAAUUGAUUACUCUGAAAAACUUGUCUUCAGUGAUGAAGAAGAUGACGAUAAAGAAAGUAGUAAAUCUCGGCCUAGGAGAGGUGACAAGAGAGAGAGGAAGGACAUUAUGAAUGAGGAAGAUGAUGGUGGCAAGGGAGAAAGAGGAUCCAAUAUGCCAAGAGAGGCCUGGGGUGGUGGACCUGUUCCUCCCCAAUAUAGAGGCAGACCUCCUAUGGGAAUGGAUGGGAGGUGGCAGAUGCCUCCAUUUGAUUAUAUGGGACCUCCCCCAAGAGGACCUCCAUAUCCACAGUAUAGAGUACCCCCUCCAGGUCAACGUCCACCAGGGCCAUAUCCCCACCCCCAGAUGACCCCACCACAUCCCCCGCAAAGUCCUCAGAGUCCAGGACCAAGUCCGAGUCCAAAUCAGACUCCAAAAAAGAGUGAGACAAAAGAUGAAUUGGAGGAGGAGCUUUGGAAGGAGAAGCGCCUGCAGCGAACAGAGGAGAUGUCAACUGCCAUCCAAAGAGCUCGUCAGAGACGUGAAGAUGAGGAGAAACGAAUGGAAGUGGAGCGGAAAUCUGCUGCUGCAGAAAAACUUAGACAACUGGAUGAACGCAGCAAGAAACGUGAAGAUCGGGAUGUGGAAUCUGACAGCAGGUCAGAGGGAAGGUCAGAGGGAGGAAGAUCUAGUAGAACACCAUCUGAGAGUAGCGAAAAAGAAUUCAAAACUCAUAAAGAACAGCACAAGCACUCAGAGUCCAACAAAGCCAGCUCAAGAUCAGCUGUUCCACCACGGUUCCAGAAGCAGCUUUCUAAUGAACAUCCACCUACAUCAGUGAGGCAGACAGGUCAGGGCACUCCUACAUCACCACAGCCCCAUCCUCAGAUGAGACCAGGGCAAGGGGGGCCUCCACCUCCAUGGUUUUGGCACCCAUCCAUGCAGAUGCCUCCUUAUGCUUUUGGAAGACCUCCAGUAGAUAUGCAGGGGAUGCCAAUGUAUCCACCAAUGCGGCGUAGAAAUGACAGUCAUGGUUCUGGCAAUGAUGGUCAAGAUGGUGAGGGAAGACCAGAAGGAUAUGAAAGGGGUGACCCCAGACAGUUUUAUCCUCCAAUGCCUCCACACCUACAGUUUGAUGGGCGUGGACCUCCACCUUACUUUGAUCAAAGAAUGUUUUCAGACUAUGAGAAACAAAUGAUGGAAUAUGAAAGAAGGCAGGAUCAGGACAGACGAGAAAAGGAUCAUCGAGCUGAUCGUAGUUAUGAAGAGGAACAAGAGCCUGAAACAAGAGCCCCAGAAAAAAGAACACCCCGACUACAGAAGGAUCCAUUCGAUGAUACACCUGAUGAUAGAUACACUCCUUCACCCAAGGAUUCAAAGAAAGAGAGUAGGUUAGAAGAUAAGAAAGAUGAAAAACAGUCAAAAGAGGAUCUGAGAGAAAGAGUGGAUCAUUAUGAUGACAGAAAAGAACGACGAAGUGAUAAAGGUAGCGACCGAAGAGAUGAUAGAAAAGAUAGAGAAGUUGACUCGCAGAAGAGUUACAGAAACAAGGAGGGUCGUUCCAGUAAAGCUCCAUGGUCUACAGAUGAUGGAAGUCGAUCUUACCGGGAAAAGAGAGAAUAUCCAAACUGUCCCCCACCUAUUCCUGCUCAACAAUCACAGCAGAACCUUCCCCCAAGAUCCAACUACACUACACUAAAAAGACCUUUAUCAAACACUAAUGACAGGAAAGCUGAAUAUAUGAAAGAGCAAAGCGAGGCAAAAUCAAAGUCAACAAGCAAGGAUCAACAAAGAGAUUUCAAGUCUGGUAAAGAAAACAAGUCUGCAGAAAGAGAGGAGAGACCAAAGCAGAUAGAUGAACAGGACAAGAGCAUGGACCGGUCUGAAAAAGUAGACUCAAAUAAAGAUAAGCAGCAGUCUAAGGUAAAAGAGGACCGAAGAGAAAAAGAAGAUUCAGUUGGGCGAGAGGAAAGACCGUCUGCAUGGGAUAAACCAUUGCGAGAUGAUGGAAAAGGAGAUAGACGUUCUGAAAGAAGUCAACCACCAUUAAAGAAGAAACGGGAAGAAUACAAUCAGGAAAAGUCAGACAGAGACAGGAGACAACCAUCUUCUAGAGCCCGUGAGUUCGUACGGGGAAGAGGUGGCAAAGUUACCAGGGGAAGCAAACCUGGUACCGCUCCUAGCAGAGGUGGUCGAGGAGGUAAUCGUGAGGGUUUUCCCCGUAACUAUGAUAGACGUGGAGGGGAGAGAACCAGCUACCGAGUUGAGAGGUCUAAAGCAUUUGGUGGACAGUGGUCAGAUCAUGUAGAUGAAUUGGAGCUGGAGGAAGAAAUGCAGAGGAGGAGAGAGAAAGCUGAAGAAGUUGAUUAUGAUGGAGAGGAAGGAUCCAGAUCACCUGAGGAGUUUGUGGAUCAGGCUAACUCUGGCAAAGUCAGGGAACAGAAAGAGAGGAGAGCUAGUCAAGAACAACAGAAACCAAAGCCGUUCAGCUGGGAAAACCGAGCAAAAAAUAUGGAACUGAAGAAGGAAGACAGUUUAGAAAAGCAGAAGCAAUUUGAAGAAGAAAAAAAAUUGGAUGAGGGUCAAAUAAGUAGAAAGCCACCAGCUGAUGAGAGGUGGGAAUCUAGGAAUGGCCGUGGAGGCUUCCAGCCUAGAGGUGAACCUUCAAAGAGAGGAAGAGGAGGAUCUUCAAGUACAAGAGGACGAGGAAGAGGUUCUAUGCGAGAGUCAGGAGAACGAGGAGAAAGAAGAAAUUACUCAGCUCCAUCAAGAGGUGGAGGAUUUGGCCGUCAAGGACAAAGGGAAGGGGGAGAGGUCUCCGAAAAAGGCCCACCCAGGAAAGAAAACAGAAGGCAGGAAAGAUAUCCCCCACCCCCACGAUUUGCCCAGAAACGGGGGGGUUUAAACGAGAGGGGGAGGGGUGCUGAACGUGGUCGUGGCCGCGGCAGAGGUCGUGGUGGUAGUGCCCCUCCCACCACUGCUCUCCCUGUUAAGCGACCACAGCUAAACAAGGAGAACUCGCAGGAAUAUCCUGAAGGGGAAGAGUGGGAAACUGCCUCAGAGAGCAGUGAUGUGUUGGAAAAAAAGGAGUCAAAAAAUGACGUGAAAGACAGAGACAAAAGAGAUUCAGCAGGGAAGAAGUUCUCUAGUCAGCGGCCUCAGGGUGAUAGACAAGGCAGAAAGGGGGGUCAAAACAAUGAGUGGAAAGCUAAUGGAGAGGUAUAUCAAGGGAGAGGUGCAGGAAAAGAAAGUGGGUCAAAAAACGGGUCAGGUAGGGUUCAUCAGAGGGAUGGACCCCGAAAGCCAUUUGGUUCAAGUAAAAAAGAACAGAAUAGUGUGUACAGAGUGGGAGAAGUAGUACAUGAUGAUCCAAAUGCUAUCCAAUCAGCCAUCAGCAAUCUCGAUCAAAAAAACUUGUAUGGCAGGAAAGCAGACCUCAGUGAUGUCUCCAAACCAGUAAAAGUGGAGGAGAAAAAAAAUGCUCUGGCAAAUAUAGACAUCAACAACUAUGCAAGUGUGGUUGUUAUUGAUGAAGUACCAGAGGUUACCAACGAUGAUCCUGCUUUCCUGUUUGAACAAAAUGAUGGUUUCCAGGAAGUGACGUCCAAGCGUACUAUUAGGAGUAAACAGAAGGCUCAGCAAGAAAUCGAGCUCAUGAAGCAAAAAGAACAAACCAAAAAAUCUGUCUCAAAGGUUGUUGUAAAACCCAAAAGUGUACAUGUGAAAGUGAGUGUAGAAAAACCAAGAUAUAAAACCAGCAAACUACCUCCAAGAUUGGCCAAGAAAAAAGAAAUGAUGGAAAAGGAGAGAAAAGAGGCAAAGGGGUUUGAAAUGAAGAUAGAAAAUUGGGACAAUGAAUUGGCCAAUAAUAUUCCUACUCACUCUGACAACAUGGGCAUUUCUCGAGAUUCUAAAGGGAUUCCUAACAUGAAUAUGAUGCCACAAGUAACUACAGGGCAGAUUCCAAAUUCAGUGACCAUUCAGAAUAGCAAUAUGGGAUCAUUGGUGACAGCUCCUUUACCUGUGGCCAGUGCAUGGGGUUCCAAGCCUCCCAUAUCUUAUGCUGCAGCAACUGGAUCUGUGGAGAAACCUGAAAAUCAUGACAGUGGAGUUGAUGUUAGUGACCAACCUAAUUCUGCGAGUUCCUCCACGCGAAGCUCCCCAAGUGCAGAAAAUAAAUUGAAGAAUGAGAAGGCAAUACAACAGGAAGAUGAUAAACUUGCCCAUAAUGACAAGUCAUUUGGAUCUCCAAAACCACAGAGACAACCCAAGAUAACUCGAAGUGAGAAGGUUAGUGUAAAGGACACAAUGGAGAAAUCUGAAGGAAUGAAAACAAUCAAGAAACCAGAGUCACUGAAAGAGAAAUCCAGAACAACAAGCACCUUAGAGAAACCGGAGCCUAUCCAGCUCCCUCCCAGCUUCAGUAAAGUAGCAAUGGAUGAGUCAAAUGAGAUCAAACUGGACUUUAUAUACGAUGAUGAUCUUGCUUCUAGCUUUCCUGACAAAGCAGAACAGAAAGCCAGUGUAAUAGAGGAGAGUUCUCCUGUCACAGUGUCAUUAUCGGGGGGAACAAGUAGUGAUCACAAUGCAGGGCCUGCAUCUCCAGCUGCCCAAGAUCUGAACUCCAAAAUAGCGGCUGUGAAAACAUUCUGGGAUAGUGAUCAGACUGAUGUCUUUAAUGUGAUUGCCAGUAGUGCAGGUUUAGGCAACACAGUUACAACUACUGAAACAGAUCUGGCAAAUGCAUCUUCAUUUCACUCAUUUAGCUCAGAUCCUAACUUGGCUGGUCCUGACCAUGGGUCUGGUAUUGGUUUAGAUUCUGUAGUCAUGUCAGCAGAUGAUGGUAGCAGAAGUGGAUCUAAGAAUUUAUCUCCAAGAGUGCAGGAUGCAUUAUCAACAUUCAGCUCCUCUUCUAUGGAGGCAACGAUGGAUAGCAAAAACGCAGAGCAGACCAACGUAUGCAAGGUCAAACCCCAACAGUUGCAGUCUCCAUUGGAGUCAGACAGCUUGUCAAACAGUGCUGGAAGUGGGGGAAUGUUGGGAGUUCCAGCUGAAGAUCCCACUUCUACUCUACAAUCAAUGCUAACCUCACCACAUCCUUUCCAGAGUUUCCCUUUGGGAACGUCACAGAUUUUGCAACAAGAACCAAGAUUGAGCCAGUCAAGCUAUGGUUAUGGUCUGUCACAACAACCUCCACCAAUGGCCCAGCAGUCCCUGUUCAUGACUCCCUCUCAGGAAUCUUUUUCAAUGCCGCAGAUGUCAGCUUUCCCUAAUAGGAACCAGCCCCAACCUCAACAACAGCAGCAACAUGCUCAGUUUGGUCAAACCCCUCCACAGCAAAGCACUAUCAUGGUGUCUUCAGCCACCUCCUCGCUCAUGUCAACCUCCAUCAAGCCACCAAAUCAAAACACAGCUUAUGGAGCAUUACAGAAGAAUAUGGCCCCAGGAUCACUGCAAUUUGGACAACAGAUGAACAGCACUUCCCUUCAGCCAUCACAGAUGUCCUUUAUUCAGUAUGACCCAAGCACACUGUUUGGAAAUCUAACACAACCUACUCAGAAUGUUAACACUUCACAGAUUCUCAACUCCCACGUUGUUCAACAAAGGGUGCAACCACAUCAGGCGACAUCAUUUUAUCAACAGUCACAGCAACCCUUACAACAGAGCUUCUUUUCAAACCAGCCUCAAUCAAACAGUAUCCAGCCUAUGGGUAAUGGAAAUCGCAAAACAGGCGGGGAGCAACUGAUGUUUCAAGCAUGCAUACUAUCAGGAGCUCUGCAACAAGCUGCCGCAGCAGGACCUCAGUUUUCCAUGCAAACUUUUGGAAAUCAGACCAAUAACCCAGUCGCCACUGGACUGAAUCUUUCCUUGCAACCCUCCAACCCAGCUGCCGCUGUAGCUCAACAAGCUCUGGGCCUUGGGCCUCAGACAAAUGUCUCGAAAGUGUCACAGUUCAGUCACCCCCUGCAGCAGCCUAGCCAGACUCCAGUCUCUCCUCAGAGCACACCUAUGAAGUCUCCGCCACAAAGCACAAACUUUGGAGUAACAUCAUCUGUACCACAAACACAAGGGGGUUCCAAGUUCUUUGGAACUAAUCAGCUACAAAACCGAUCUGGAAAUCAGAGGUACAACUUCAGUAGUAGUAAUGUGCAUAACAAUAUAAAUGCACCACCAUUUAAUCCAAAGAUGAACCCAACUUAUGGUCAACACAUGCAGUCUGGAGGAACAGUUGCUAGACCACAAAUGCUGAUCAACACAGGUAAUUUCCGGCCAACUGUUCAACCAAGCCAAGCAAAUUUCCCUAACCCAAUUCAGCGACCUGCUGGACAGAUGCCGGUCAAUGUCAAUCCCAGGCCUCCACGCCCUCAGGGCAAACCACCGGGUCCUCCCCCACCCACUCAAGAAAACACCUCAAAAGUCGGGGCAGCAUUCAAAGCCCAGCAAGCUAAGGAGAGACAAGGAUUGUUAGCUCAUGCACAGAGUUUCUUAAAUCCACAAAAUAAGCCUAGCAUCAAAAAUGUGCCACCCAAAGGUGACACUGCUGCCCCAGAAAAGAAAGCCUCUCCUACUCCUAAUGGUGGGGUAACUGACAGUAAGAAUUCUAACCCUACCACUGAAGGAUCACAGUCUGGGGAGAAAUCCCAGUAAAUUAUAUGGAAGCAUUAUGUCUGGGCAUAUUAUUGUGUUAUAUCAAAUUUUAUUAUAUUUAUACAUUUAGUUUUAUACUUUACAGGAGUUUAGAGUUGUGCAUUGAUGUGAAUUUGUCCACAAUAUUUUAUGUCAGACAUACUGCUGAGGUCUGUCAUGUUAAUAAGCCAUGUUGUUGGUCAUCUGUUUGACUCCUGGCUGAAUCUGUACAGAUGUCAUGAAUUUGUAAAUAGUCAUCAAUCUGUAGUAAAUCAAUCAGAAUGUUUGAAAGAAUGUUUGUACUUUCACAGGUGAUUUUACAUACCUGGACUCUCUUGUAGUUCUUCCGCAAUUCAAAUGCUGAUUAUAUAAAGAAACUGAGGAAUUUAAUGAAACUCAGUGACACUUAAGUUACAGUGAAUGGACUGAGUGAUUAAGUCUGUGGUAAUCUUUUUAAUGAUUGGUUCAUUUUAAAUAAGCAAAAAUGUGAUUUGGUUUUAUAGAAGUUUUGUUUUUAUUAGCCCUAGUUAACAGAAUUGUUACCAAGUGAGCUCCAAGAUGAACCUUAAAUCUUGUGUCUGUCAUUGACAUUAAAAUUUUAAAAAAGUGACAGCUGAUAAGAUACAAGAGAAAGUGAAAGAAGAUUCUGAGUGCCCCAAGCAGAGGAUCAGGAAGGGGAAUGUUGUAGGAGAAGAUGGAGAGCCAUGCCCCAGGUUCUUACUUCUGUAUCAGACUCGGGUGCAGGUUAUCUGCCCCUAACCUCACCCUUGUCUGAGAACAUGACAGUAUAUAUAUUAAUAUACAUAUAUGUAUUUAGAUGUUGUCCUUCCCUCUCACAUGUUCUUUUUUAUUAGUUGUUUUCACAUAUUGUCCAAGGACACUAAGCAUGAUGAGUUUGUUUUUAUCAUUGAGUCUGUCUGACGUUGACAUGAUUAGUAUGACGAGAGAGUCUUGACAUAUUUAUAAGUAUGUGAGGGAUUCAUGUUAUGUCAGUUGUGAAGACAGUCUUGUGAUGAUGGGUGUGUUCUUAGUAUAUUAGCCAAAGACUGCUAUUACAAUGUUAUGUUCAGCACAGAGGGAUUUUUGUUGUGGAAAAAAGUUUUAUUCAUUUUUGACCUUGAAAAAUCUCAGCUUAUAAACAAUGUAGCUCAUUGAAAUAAUAAAGGGCUAUGUAAAAGAUGUAAAAA